UGUCUCACAUAUUUCAAGUUUUUUAAAAACUCUACUUCAGGGAAUCCUCGAUCACCAGAUGGGGGUGUGUAUCACUAAAGGAUUCUGAAGCAAUCACAGUUUGCAGAGACUUUAUAAUUUUGGUUCGAUUCCCGGGAUCAAAUGCCGAAAAAGCGGGAAGAUAAUAUCUUCUUCACACAUGAGUGAUGAUUUUUGAGUGAAUACACACUGAGGGUCAGUAACUAUAAAGCAUUUGAAAGGCAAGAUCAAAGCUGGCAUUGUUCAGUUACUAUAAAACGUUCGUGACGUAUUAAAGGUUAUGAGGCUUCUUCCAUGGAAAGGCAGGUAUGAAACCACACACACACACAGACUGCAUUUUGCACUUGUGUAUGUGGGUGUGGAAAGCAGAGGACCGGGUCUCUUUACUCUGAAAAAGUCUGUCCUCACUCACUCUGAGCUGGAUAUACUGAACAAGAACCAUGCUCCGCUUCAUCCUGUUGGUUUAUUGUUUGUCAAGUGCAGCAAACUCAGAGCUGUUGAGCCGUCACAGAAGGGCGUGGAUUAUUGAUUCCUUUGAGAUUGAGGAGGGCCAUCCAGGGCCAUUCCCAUAUGAGUUGGGCAAGGUGAGUGUUGAUAGGGAAUAUCAAAUAUACUUUGAACUGCAUGGACAAGGGGUGGACGAGGAGCCGAUGGGAGUCAUCUCCAUAGACGAAUACUCUGGCAUGUUGAACGUCCACAAGGCCGUGGACUAUGAGAAGUGGCACACACUUGAGCUAAGAUUUGAGGCCAGAAAAAUGGACGUAUCAAUGGACACCAGGUUAGGAAUUCAGAUUUCUAUAAAGGACAUCAAUGACAAUCCACCACGCUUUGAGAGGGAUCUGUAUGAGAUUAACCUUCCUCAGGAAUCAACACAAGGCUCCAAUCUUUUGAAAGUGCACGCUACUGACAUAGACAAGAGAGAAACACUAAACUCAACCUUCCACUAUGAAAUCAAAUCUGUGUCUCCAAAUGUUAGAGACACUGAACUCGUCAUUGAAGAGUCUGGAUACAUCUCAUUCAAAGGUUGUUUAAAUUAUGAGGUGGCUGAAAAGUUUACAAUAGUGGUGGAGGCCAAAGACCACGGUGAAGUAGUCAAACUGUCCAGUUCAACCAUUGUUGUCAUUCAUGUAGGGAAUGGCAACAACCACCUUCCAGUCAUCAGCGGUCAAACGGGCACUGGUAAAGUGAAGGAGCUUGAGACUGGGGUCUCUCCUGUGAGGCUGCAUGUGACAGACAAAGACACCCCCCACACCUCGGGAUGGAGAGCCAGAUACACCAUACAUGGUGACGAGAGAGAGAACUUCAAGAUACUAACAGACUUAGAGACUAAUGAUGGGAUCCUGACAGUAGUUGAACCUUUAGACUUUGAGAAUGGGGCGCAGAGGGAGCUGCUGAUCUCAGUGGAAAACGAGGCGCCGUAUUACUCCUGUGAAGUAAAAGAGAGGACGCCCUCAGGCCUCUGGAAAGUUGACACCAUUAAAGGCCAUGAUCCCUCUGGUGCAGCUGAACCUCAGUCUGUAAAAGUCACCGUUGAUGUGGAGGAUGCCAAUGACCCUCCUAAUUUCAGCAUGACCCUGAAAGAGGUCGCGGUGAUGGAGAACGUACCCGCUGGAACCUGGUUUGAUAAAGUGACAGCUGUGGAUCCUGACUCCAAUUAUUCCAAAGAGUUUGUGUACAAGGUAGGAAAUGAUCCUGCUGGCUGGGUGACGGUGGAUCCCCUCACAGGAAUCAUCACAAUGAUAAAGACGCCCGACAGAGAAUCUCCACACGUUGUUAACGGCACCUACACCAUCUUAGUGUAUGCAGUUGACAAAGGUAUACCACCAAUGACAGGAACAGCUACACUACAUAUCCAUGUGUGGGACCAGAAUGACAAUGUGCCACAGCUAACAGUGGACAGCCUGGAUGUGUGUGUGUUUGAUGCCCCCACAACCACCAACAUCGAGGCCUUUGACCCAGAUGAAGCCCCUUAUGGAGGGCCUUUCACUUUUGAACUGUUGGGAAAUGUUGAAGGAAAAUGGAGACUGAAUCCUGGUUAUGGUUAUACAGCUGGUCUGGUGAAGGAGCCCGGUGUGUCCUCUGGUCAACACACAAUUCAUCUAAAGAUCUCCGACAUGCAGGGAGCAUUUAAAGUUUACAACCUCAGUGUGACUGCAUGUGGCUGCACUGUGACACCAAACUGUCGAAUUCGCCAGAAAUCUGAAAUAAACAUUGGCCCUUAUGCUUUAUGCAUAAUAAUUUGUUCACUCUUACUUCUUCUGUUUCUGCUGCUGCUGGCUCUCAGCAUCUCGUCCAAAAGAGAGUUUUUUACUAUGGAGCCUGAAGAUUGUUCAGGAGGAAUCCUCCUCCAAUCAAACACUGAGGCACCAGGAGACAACUGCGAGAUUCCUGUCACUAUUAUGGAAGAACCAGUUUGUAUGGAGCAAUAUAAUCAAUCUAAUUUCCAUAUUCCACUGAGUGGGAUGAGAAAUGGGAGAUAUUCAGCAAGGGUGGGUAUGAAUGAAGUUCAGACUUUUGGCAGUUUUCGGAGUUUACGCUCACAACCUAGGGAUUUUACACAGAGGUCCAUCCACCCACGCUUUGGGGAUUUCAGAAGAGAAAGCCAAUACAGCCAAUACAGCUACACUGGGAACCAGUCAAACUGGAAUUCUCCAAUAACCACUGGCUUUGACAGCAGCCAUCAGUUUGAAGACAUGAGCAAUAUGAACGUCCUCCAAACACAAACCGUGAGCUGUGCUACAGAGUCUAAUGACAUGCAGGUUAAACUGGUUCAGUGCCUAAUCUCCUCAAAAGUGACCUCACUCUGGAAGAAAGAAGUGGACUUAGGAGACGAUGAGCUUCACAUCUAUGCAGUGGAAGGGAAUUUAGAAACCAACUCAGCGUUGGAGACAAUCAACAUUUUGGAAGAGGAUUCAUUUCAGGACACACUGAAAGAUCUGGGUCCAAAGUUUCACCAACUGGCUUCUAUAUGCAGCCUGACACAAACACAGUACUCAGGAUAUCCUGUUAUGUAGCAAACAUUUUUGUUUCAAGUGUGAGGAAGAAGGCAUUUAAUCCCUUUAUUCCAUUCAGAUUUGGGGUUAAUUAAAAAGGGUUUGUGGCAACCACUUCUGCAUGAGAUAUACUACCAGAGAGCUUUAUUGUUAAUCACAUGUGUUUAAUAACUGUGCCACAUGCAUCUUCAUUUUUCAUAUCAAAAUGAGGAAAGAAAAACAAAAGUGCACAGUUGCUGGAUUAUAAUUGUUCUUCACUUUCAUGUUAGGAUCCAAAAUGCUAAUUUGCAUUUGGGAUAAACAAAAAAAACAAAAAAUCAUCUUCACUGAGUGCUCAUGCAAAGGGUGGAACUCAAGGUGGUCCCCCUUAAACAAGUAGAAAACUACAGUAUUUACCACAGUUUUAAGAAAAUUGAAACCCUUCAGAGUCUACCUCUACCAACUUUUGGGAGCGCUCUCUGCUCAGUUGCAUUUGGCCCAGGUGGUCCUCGUAAAAAGGCAUUUUUUGGGGUGAGGCUGGAGAUUAAGGAGGUUGUGGGGUCUUUGUCACAGAGCUGUGCCUAAUGCCAAAAUAAAAAUGAAUUGAUUAUGUGGUGUCCACAGUAAUCAGGUUUGAAGAGCUCCUAAAACUCCCUACACCACAUACAUACUGGGAGUUAGUCAUGAUAGGUAAAGCGUGUCUUUUUUAAAAAAAAAAGAGAUCUUGCUUUUGUGUUGAAUCUCGAGCAUCUGUGGCCACGAUAGUUUUUACCCGUAGUUUUAAAGGUGUUAUGGGGUUUUGGGCUCAGGGUUUCUGAGAACAGUUUUGGUUCUGUUUUGGUUUUGAGGAUCAUUUGUGUUUGAGGUAUUAUAAUUUGUAUUGUUUAUAUUUUUGCUUUAUCUCCCAGCCGCCUCUGUCCUUCUUGUAUAAAUAGUGUUCAGUGUAUUCUGUUCAGGUCUGUGUUUUGUCCUCCUGUGUCUCAUGUGCGAAGUUAGUCUUCUCUCCCCUGUCACAAAAUUCAUUUGUGUCUGUCUUCCUGUUUUACUUUGGUGAUUGUUGUUGUAUGUUGUAGGUUUUUUUCUGUGAUUUACCAGAAAUAAAACUUGGUUUUGAGUUCA